GUCGAUGAUGGAAAAGUUGGUUUGUGUGAUUCGAUGCCUUAUGUUUCUGGAGAUGAAUUCGCUACGAAUGUUAUUCCAUAUUCUAAAAUUCUUCCAGGGAAAUUAUAUAAAGAGCUAGUAAAGUAUUACGUGAAUCCAAGUGAAAACCCGAUAUUUCUCAACUCACCUAAACGUAUAGGAAAGUUGCAAUCAAAUUGGGAUCAAGGUACAGGCUUCAUUUCGCAACAGACUAAAUACCAAACUAGCAAAAUACAACAUCGUUACAACCUCCUUAUUCGUGAAAGUCGAGAUGGCUUUGAUAAAUCUGAUUUCCAGAGAGCAUGCCGAAACAAAGGUUCAACUAUUGCACUCUUCAACAUCAAAGGAUUGGAUUUAAUAGUUGGAGAGUAUAACCCUUUUUCAUGGUCAACUUCUAACAAGCGUAGUACUCAUAUGCAAAGAAGCUUUAUCUUUGCAUUUGGCAACGACUACAGUAAUCCGAUAGAGAUCGGAAAACACGGUAAAUUAAAGAAUUAUAGAACCACUGACGAAGGUUUUAAGUUCGGGUUGGAUUUGACCUUAAAAUUUGCUGAUUCUCACGAUCAAACAAAAUCUACCCUAAAUUAUUGUAACAUUUAG